GAUAGAUUCGGAUUUGGACCUUAACAGCAGAUCAUCUUGCCUUCUUUCACCACAGUGCAAUAGACCUAGGCCGGGACUUGGACAUGGACCAGAUCCAAGCCUCAACCCAGGACAGGGAUUCGAUCCUGAGUCUAAUUUUGAUUCCCGGAUCUCCUUGCAACCAUAUGGCUGUUGUUGCUCCUCGCCUAGUCAGCUGGCGCCAGCACGUGUUGGGAAGUCUAGUUUGUCAUUAACAGGACAAAUAUCAGCGCCCCAUCCACAUAGCCUGCAGGUUUUAGAAGGAGGGUCUUUUCAGACUAGUUUGGAUACGAAUAAAUCUACUAGAUGCAUCUCGCCUGCCUCUGCGCGGCUUGGGGGAUACACUCAACUGCGCCGAGUGACCUUGCCUCUCUCAUUAUCCCAGCACCAAUAUCAAUCUCAGCACGCACCCAGUUUCGCUGUGAUUAGUGAUCACUCUUCCCCUGCACAGCCCUCUUCUCCAUCCGCACUCACCAAUCCUAUUCCUUCGCAAGCGACACUUCCACAAUCACAUCUUCUUACGCGUGCAAUUGCAGCACCUCCACUAGAGACGAGUGCAAUUGCUGCUACUACUGUUUCAGUUGCACUGUUUCCUGAGCAUAUCAAUCCCCCAGAUCCUAGCUUUUGUAAGUAUGCUGUUCUCCCUGGUAUCCGAUCAGCCAGAGGCAAUCGGGCAUCUCUCUUUGAAGAACAAAAGCCAGAUGAGUCUCUUGAUGAUCUGGUUUCUGUUAGCUUUUACGCUUCUUCAGAGCGGAAAGAGACGCUGGUUCAAAUACCAGAGAGUCAUGAAAAAGGUGAGAGCGCAAAGCAGCCUUUAACGGCAAUAGCAGCAAAAAAGGAGUUAUUUACCAAAUGCAAACAAACUAUGGAGACAGAUCCCAAG